GGUCCUUUUACGUCACACACAACUAACAGUAGUUAGCCUUUAGCAAAGAUGCUAACAUGCAUGCUGCGGUUAUCUGACCUGUAACUGGGGAAUAGGUUAACGGUGGAGGUCCCUAAACCCAGACUGCAUUGACCCUUUUAGUGAUUUAUCUGAGGGGAUUCAUUGAAGGUGCUGAAUUACGGCGUUUAAUGAACAUGUGGAGCUCAGGCCGCCGCCGUGUCCUUCAGGAUCUCUUGAGCCAGCCGGCUGUCAGGAGUUUCUCUCUGAGUCCUGCUCAGAAUACAGUCGUGGUGGAGCGAUGGUGGCAGGUGCCCUUAUCUAAAGUCGGCAGUUCGCCCAGGCUUCACCCACGAAGACACAAAAUCUACAAGCUGGUUGAGGACACCAAACAGACUCCCAAGAAGAACAUGGAGCUCAUCCUGACUAAGACAGUACCCAAGCUCGGUGGGCGAGGAGACACUGUGCUUGUGAAAAAGUGUAUCGGCAGAAAUAAGCUGUUGCCCCAAGGCCUCGCUGUGUAUCCGUCGCCGGAGAACAAACAGAUGUUUCAGGAGGAGAUAAAACGUCUGCGUGAGGGGAAGCCAGAGGAUAGAAUCCAAACCCGAACGGGACAAUUGACUGUGGAGCUCCUUAAACAAUCCAAGUUGAAGAUAAACAAAAUGCCCUCGGAUGACUUCCAGCUCAAUAAAGAGAUCGUCUGCCGACAGUUUGAAAAGAAGCUGGGAAUUGUUGUGCCACCUCAUGCAUUGAGUCUCCCAUUUGAGUCAGUCCAGGAAGUGGGUGAAUACUGGUGUGAAGUUAAGGUUAAUGGAAUUAACAUGGUUCGCAUCCCUGUGUCACUGAUGCCAUAUGAGGACCAAUCUGCAAGUUAUCAGCGCCAGUUGAAAAUACAAAUGCAGCAGGCGGCCGCAGAUAUCUCAGAACCUGCUGCUGCUGCUGCUGUGGAGGUGGUGUCUGUUGCUGCAGUGGAGGAAGUUGCUGUAAAAGCGGUGUCUGUUGCUGCAGUGGAGGAAGUUGCUGUAAAAGCGGUGUCUGUUGCUGCAGCGGAAGAAGUUGCUGUGAAGGCGGUGUCUGUUGCUGCAGCGGAAGAAGUUGCUGUGAAGGCGGUGUCGGAUGCAGCAGCGGAGGAAGUUGCUGUGAAGGCGGUGUCGGAUGCAGCUGCGGAGGAAGUUGCUGUGAAGGCGGUGUCGGAUGCAGCGGCGGAGGGAGUUGCUGUGAAGGCGGUGUCGGAUGCAGCAGCGGAAGAAGUUGCUGUGAAGGUGGUGUCGGAUGCAGCAGCGGAAGAAGUUGCUGUGAAGGUGGUGUCGGAUGCAGCAGCGGAAGAAGUUGCUGUGAAGGUGGUGUCGGAUGCAGCAGCGGAAGAAGUUGCUGUGAAGGUGGUGUUGGAUGCAGCACCGGAGGAAGUUGCUGUGAAGGCGGAGUCUGAUGCAGCACCGGAGGAAGCUACUGUGAAGGCGGUUUCUAAUGCUGAGGUGGAAGCUGAAGCAGGUAAAGACUGUGUGAGUAAAGUUGGUGAAGCUGCAGCCUCAGCCGGAGUCUCUGCUGCUGCUGAAGAAGAAACGGCAGCAGGUACACCGGCGAGUCAAGACACAACAGUACCACCAAAUGACAGCCCGAAAAAAGAUUAAAGGACUCAAAAUAAAGAUGUGCAUAGAACUAAAAUGAAUAUUGUUUACCUAUAAUACACAUGCAUAAAAACAGUUGUCGGCGUCAUUAUUAAAUUCAUUAUUUAAAUGUUGGGUGAACUAUAGUAUAUUACAUGUGAACUCUAAAUGAUAUUUGUAUAAAAUCUUUAUUUUAUAGGCAU